AUGGGAUUCUACAUUUCUGAAAGUAGCUACAAUACUUUCUUCGAGAUCGGGCUUUGGAGAGAUCCAGUAAAAUCUGGAGCUUUCUUCACUGGAGCUCAUCUUUGUUUGUUUAUCGGAAACUGGAUUCUCUCAAAAGGGCCUGUUAUGAUAAUUGCGCUGGCGCUCACGUAUAAAGUGCUCAAGAAACCGUGGACAGAGAAAAUUUGGCCAGAAAUUCAAACACCAGAAUACUUCCGCGCAAAAGAAUUCACGACUCUUGACCCAGAAAUACCGCCAUAUUCAGAAGGAGCUUUGCUCAUCUCCGAAAUAUACACCCGCAUCGAUACCUUCCGCAUCAAACUUAUUCAACUGAAACAUCGUGAUCCCCCAAAAUAUCUUGCUCUUACCUCGUUAUUCUUUAUUGUCUGUUAUUUCAUUGGUCUCCAACUCUCUGGAUUCACCUUUUGCUACCUCAUUUUCCUCUGCUUCUCUAUUCUACCCGUUCUUCUUAAACCAAAAAUCCUUGAAAUCGCUAAAAGUAAUGACGUACUCGCAAAAGAAAAAGCCGCGCUGCUCAAAAAAGCAACGACUCCGCCUCCAAAGGUUACAAUAACGGAAGAACCGCCGACUCCUUCAGACUCGGAGAGCUCAUCUGACGAAGAAGAAGAAACGGCCGCGGAUAAAAGACGGAAAAGUGACUUCGACCCGACCGCGGAGCCAACUUGGCUUGAAGAUUUCGGCCACAACGUUUCGGCCAAAGCUGAAGAGGCUAAAGAAAGCUUGAAAGAUAACUACUCUCUUCUCAAGCAACAGAUAGCUGAUGCGAUUGGUCCUCUUAAACGUUCGAAAAAAGGUUCAAUCGAACAAAGUUCUGCCAACAAUAAAUACUUUUCAGAUGGCUCAAGCACAGAAGGAAGCGAUAACGAGUUUGUCCUGGUCCAGCCCGAUGAGUUCAGCUAA